AUGCAAUCACGUAGCCAACCAAUAAUUAAAGUUCUCUUUCUUGGAGAUCCUUCAGGUAAGACGUCACUCAUUAAUCAGUACGUAAAUCAGGAAUAUCCAAUAAAUUACAAGGCAACAAUUGGAUCUGAUUUUUUUUCAAAAGAUGUUGAUAUUGAUGGAAAAUAUGUCACGUUGCAGAUUUGGGAUUCAGCAGGACAAGAGAAUUAUCAAUCUAUCCCAACUUUCUAUAGAUGGACAAACUGCUUAAUUUUGGUUUAUGAUGUCACAAACGCAGAGUCAUUUGAAAACAUAAACAAAUGGAAAUCUCAAUUUGAGUUACAACUCGGACUUUCAUCAAAUUCGAAUUUUCCAAUAUUACUUCUUGGAAACAAGUGUGAUCUUCAAAACAAAGCUGUUGAAGAAUCAACUGCAAAAAAAUACGCACAAAAGAACGGAAUGAUAUUCCAUGAAGUUUCUGCAAAAACACGCGAAGGUGUGGAAUCAGCAUUUCAAGAGAUUGUAAGAAAAUUUCUGGAAAAAUCACCAUCUUUUGAUUUUGUUUUACCUUCGUCAUAUAUUCAAGAAGAAAAGAACUCAGGAAAAAAAUUAAAACUUUCUAAACGUCAAAAAUUGCAAGUUUGUCUUGCUGGAGAAAGUACUGUUGGAAAAACUGCAAUUUUAGAACGAUUCACUCUAGACCUUUUUAUGGAUGGGUGUCAAGGAGUAAUCCAUGGCAACAUUUGGUCACAAGCACUCACAAUAAAUAGUGAAAAUGUUGAUUAUGGGUAUCAAGGAACAUUCGCAGACAAGAUUUGGUCAAAAACACUCACAAUAAAUAGUGAAAAAGUUGAUUUAGAUAUUUUGGAUAUGGAUGGCAAUGAAAAAUACAGCUCACUCACUAAAAUUUAUUUUAAAGGUGCUUUUAUAGUCAUUCUUGUUUUCGAUCUCACUCAAAGGAAAACAUUUGAGGAUCUCACAUCUUGGCUAGAUGAUAUUCGUACAUUCUGCGAUCCAAACUGCAUUGUUCAAUUAAUUGGAAACAAAUCAGAUUUAAAUCAUAAGAGAGUUAUCUCUUUUGAAGAAGCCAAUUUUUUUGCUCAGAGAAAUAAUAUGAACUAUAUGGAAGUAUCAGCUAAGUCAGGUUCAUAUAUUUCUGAAGCAUUUACUUAUCCUGCUACAAAAAGCAUCCCAAUUUGGAACAUGAUUAAUAAUAGAUAUCUUAUCCAGAACAUGAUUUGUAUGUUUGACUAUUUUGAUGAUAUUAUACAAGAUAAUGACAACAAAAUGAAAUACCUCAAGACACUCAAGGAUCAGUACGAUGCACUUAACCAUCGUCAGAAAGCUAAUGAUAAUGAUGAUGAAGAAAACAAAUAUGGUGAUGAUAUGAACAACUUUAUGGACAAGAUGAUACAAAAUCAUACAAUUUCACUUAAGCUCUGUAAAUUUGCAAAAUAUAUCUGCAAAUAUAAAGAAAUUCAAGGUAAGCUCCUUGAAUUGCAAAAAAGGAUCAAAGAUGUUGACAAUAAGAACAAGGAAUAUUUCAAGGUACUCAUGGAUCAAUUCGAUGCUCUUGAUAAAGAAAGAAACUAUGAUGAACCAGAUGAUGAUUUAAAUAAAUUGCAAGAAAAAAUACAGGAUUAUGAAGAUAUUCAUGACAUGUUUAUUGAGUUUGACGAUACUCUCAAUAAACUUAUCGUUGGAAAUGAAGAGUUGCAUAAAUUCAAGGGUUUCGCCCAAUCCAUCAAAGAAUCCAUAGAAGAACUCAAGGAAGGGGACAUAGAUGCUAAUCAAGGAAGUAUGCCCAAGGAGGAUAGAAUCAUGUUACUCUCUUACAGACUCCAGGAUAUUCAGAACAAGAUCAGACACAUUGAAGAAGCGAAGGCUAUAAUAAUAUCUGGAAAACUCGAAGAAUUUGAAACAGCCAUCAAAUCACUAAAUAGUAUCAUCAAUGAUAAGGCCGAAAAUGAUUUCCACAGGACUCUUGAAGAAAGGCUGAAACUUGUCGAAGAAAAUGUUGAUAAUCAAGAUAAAGGCAUCAAGGCACUCCAAGACAAGAUCCAAGAGAUGGAAGAUAAAAAGAAAGAUGAUGAUGAACAAUGUUCUUUUGUGAAUAACAUCAACAACAAGUUUAACGAUCUUGGUAAUCUUAUUCUAGAAGGCGACAAGAAGAACGAAGAAGACAUCAAAACUCUAAAGGAGAAACUUAGGACGUUCAUUGAGAGUCAAAACAAGAAUGAAAAUAAAAAUAUCAACGAACUUAGGAAUCUAUUUGACCAAAUGAAUGAAAAGUUCAAUGAUCUGAAAUAUAAAUACGAAAAACUUGAAAACAAUAUUCAUCGUGAUGAAGAAACAAUUUCCGAGGUGCAAUCAAGAUCUGAAGAUCGAUUCUUGAUGUUACAAGAUAUUAAUGAAAAGAUUGAACGAAUUGAAAGAGGAAACACAUCAUUUAAAGAAGAAAACUCAAAAGUAAAUGAAUCACAUAAUAUUGAUAUUGAUGAAAUGAAGAAAUUAUUAAACAAAUUGAAUAAUGAUAUUAAAGAAACAGAAGCAUCGAAUUACAAAAUGCAUUCUUAUGAAUUAGAGAAUACAUACGCCAAUACUCUGAAAUCUCUUGAAGAGAGACUCAACAAAUCCGAGAUCAAUCGUAAUAGGCAAAACGAAGAAAUCAAUUCUAUUAAAGACAAAAUCCGAGAUAUUGAAGAUAAAUUUAUGAAUAAUCUUGAACAGAACAUGCAAGAAAAGUUCAAUGAUCUCAAUAACAGAAUUCAAAAUAUCAAUAACAAUAACGAGAAUGAUAUCAAAGCUUUAAAGCAGAAGAUAGAAUCAUUCGAGGAUUUACAUAAAACAAAUGAAUUUAAUAAUUAUAAUGUGAAGGAAUUUGAAGUUAUUCAAGACAAGCUAAACAAUUCUGUUAAAGAACUUCAAGAGAAGGUUAAUUAUCUGACAAAUGCUACAUCCAUGCUCUUCGGUAGUGAUAACGAUCAAGAUGAAUCGAUAAUCAUAAAAAUACAUUAUGCUGAGGAUGAAAUUCAUGAAGACAAGAUUAAAUCUAAUGAAAAUGCACUUAAUAUUCUCGAAGGUAAGGUUCAAUUUAUAAAGGAUCAAAUUAGAAGUAUCGAACAUUCCAAGUUAACAAAUGAUACCAAAGACAUUUAA